AUGCCCUGUCUCGAAAUUUCAGUCCACUGCUGUUAUCAACAACAAUUAUUUGAUACAUAUGUUGAAAUUGCGGUGCAGGUCUAUUACAUAAGGUUGAGGUUAAAGGCCAGAUUAGGUUGGGCGACUCAAUCGGCUGGUCACGGCACUUCCACGACCCAUCAGCAAAGACAACUGGUUAGUACCGGCAAUCCAGGUGUACUCAUCAGGUCGGAAAUGUCCAGCAUCAGUGGCGUGGAGCAGGUGAUGACAAGAUCGGCAUUUUCAGUGUCAUAUAGGGCAGAAGUGGCGACAAUGGUGAUGAAGGUGUGUCAGUUUAGAAUGCGGGGGUUCCAGCAAGUGCCAUUUUCGAUGGUGAUAAUUGAGGUCUUGGAGAGUCUGAAUAAACUCUCUAUGGCUACUCUCCGACAAUUGGAUGCGAAGAUGGAGGGGUACUAG